GCUAGUCGGUCGUGUGUCGCGCUUCGUUUUGUCGUUCGUUCGUUCGUUUCGUUUUCGUUUUUGAUUUCGUGUUUUUGUUUGGCUGCUUUGGCAGCAGCUUUGCUUGCCGUUAAAUGGUACAAGCUUCUUUUGCAUUGCUUUCAGUGUAAGUUUAUGCAUGCAACCGAUAAAAACGUAAGCGUGUGUAUCGGCUGUGUUUCAGUUUCAUUCGUUUCGCAUCUCGCAGCAUUGGCAGCCGGCAUUCUCAGUCGACUGACUACUACACAGUUCUACGCGUGCGUGCGUGCGUGCGUUCGUUUGUUCGUGCGUGCGUGCUUUUGAUUUAAAUGGCGUUUUAAGACGGAUGUGCUGUAAUUUGCACAUAAGUACAAGUCCACACACCAACACCAACGUACAGAGUGUAGUGUCAAUAAAUUUAAACACACGCGGCAGCCCGUGGGGCGUAGCAUGUGCCUAGCCUUUUUGAUUACAAACAAAACAACAUCGCAACGGCAACGGCAACAACAACGACAACAACAGCAACGGCGCGUGAUUACAACGCCCCAGCAAUAGCAAUAGCAAUACGAAUAGCAAUAGCAAUAGCAAAAGUAACAUCAGCACAACAAGAACAUCAGCAACAGCCGUUGAUCGAAUUAAGUGUGCAUCGUAUGAGUGUGUGAGUGUGUGUGUGUGUGUGUGCGUUGAUUGCUGUUUGCUGCGCCCGCGGCUGCGUGUCCGGCAAUUGAGCGGAUAUGCAAGAAAAGUGUAACAACACCCCCGCCCAGGAAGCUGGCUGCAAUAAGUGCUAAUAAGUGACCCACCGGAUGUAUUUAUGAAUUUAUGCGUUUGACGCCCAACUCAAAUUGCCAGGCAGCAACACUGACAGCGACCGCGACUGCGGCAGCGGCAGAGGGAGAGACAGCAAAGGCAAGCAACAAGUGCGUUGGAAUAGUGGAACAGAACACAAUUCGGUUAUGGCUUGCCGCCUCGUCAAAUAACAUUUGCCUAUGAGCCAGCUGCCUCUCGCUCACACACUCCACUCUCUCUUUCUAUGAACUGUGCUACGUCCUCCCUCCCCACCUGUUCUCCUGGUCUUGGUCUUGGUCGCGGACUGCAGCGCGUCACGCACCGUGAAGCUUCGCGCUUCGUCUGCAAAACUUUGCACAAUGCGGCUGGCGAUGUCGCUGCCCCCGCGUUGGCCUGCCGUCGCUAAAGCAAAAGCAAAAGCAAAUGCUAAAGCUAAAGCACCUUAACAACAACUAAAAUCACCCAAAGAGGAACCAAACCAAUUGCAAUUUCAACUACCGCCCGCUUGGUGCGUUGCACUCCACUCCACUCACUCCACACAGUAUAUUGUAAAGUAAUGUGAGUGCGAGCAAGACUGAGAGUCUCCCCGUGUUUUUGUGUUCGUUCAGUGUUUAUUGUGUACUUGUGUUUGGUUAUCAUUGAUUUGGCGGGUAGCAUGCAGCAGAAGCAAACGGUAACAGCUGCUGCGACAAAAGAGACUAACUACAAUAGUUGCAGCGAUUAUUUCAAGCAUCACCGCCGUCGUCGUCGUCCUCGUCGUCCUCGUCGACUUCCACGUCCACGUCCACGUCCUCAUCGUCAUCGUCGUCGUCACCGUCGUGUCGCGCCAUCUCUGUCUCAGUCUCCGUCUUCGUCUCCGCGGCAAACGCAGUUGUUGCAGUUGCAGUUGCUGCAAUUCCAAGUCGUCGCAGUUCUGUAACGUGGCCAGAACGUUGCCGGGCAAUUAUUGUUUUGUAAGACGUUUUACAAUUUAAUGGUUUUCAUGAAUGGACUGGGAUCCGACCCUCUGUCAGCAAAGGAGGCAGAGGGCCCUCCGGUUCAAGUUGAACCAGUUGAUUUGAGUUUACGUUCGCCGCGCGCGAGCACUUCGCAUGCCAGCGGCAGCAACAGCAACAAUCACAGCAGCAACUAUAACAAAUCCGCCACCAAAGCAUCCGCCAGCAACAAGAGUAACUAUAGUAAUGGGAAGCAUUCGGGGGCAUGCUCAUCCUCCGCCUCCAGUUAUGCAACAGGUGGUGGCUCAACGCUGGGGGCCUUUGGUCGACAACACCAGCAGCAGCAGCAGCACCAUCAGCAGCAACAGCAGCAGCAGCAGCAACAACAGCUGUACGCUUCCGGCGUCUCCAAGUUGCCAUUUUCGCCAUUCUUUGCAGCAUCGCCAUUCUUCUUCACUUAUCGACGGAUCAGCAAGCAGGAAGACAACAACAACAGCUGCAGCUACAACAACGGCACCAGCAGCAGCAGCAACCACAGCGCCACCAACAACAGCAGCCUCAGCAGCAGCGCCAACAGCAGCGCUCUAAUGCAGGACUAUGAUCGCAAGUUCAGUUUGUUGAGUCUCUUCAAGAAUCCCUACAAGUUCACCGAGGCCCAGACGCAGCGCAAAUGCAACUCGCUGAGCAGCAGCGGCAACAGCAACGGCAGCAGCACCAGCCAAAAGGCGUCCCUUACAGGGGCAACUGCGGGGGCGGGAGCGGGAGCUGUUUGUUCGCCAAGCUGGAAGAGCUAUGCGGGUGCUGGCUCACCGCAUGCGGCACUUAAUCCCGCCUUUGGUGGCAUGGCACUUGGUGGCAGCAGCAGCAGCGGCGGCGGCGCCACGCGAAAAGACAGCAGCAGCUUUAGUGGCAUCAACUUUGGCGGCAGCGGUGGCGGAGGCGCCUCCGCGUUCAGCCGCGACACUGCAUCCAAUGGCGGCUACAAUGAUCUCUCCAAGAACCGCAAGGUACACAAAUGCGAUACCGAGGGCUGCGACAAGGUCUACACCAAGAGUUCGCAUCUCAAGGCGCACAAGCGCACACACACAGGUGAGAAACCGUAUGUGUGCACCUGGGAGGGCUGCAUCUGGCGCUUUGCCCGCUCCGACGAGCUGACCCGCCACUACAGAAAGCACACCGGAGUGAAGCCUUUCCGCUGUCAGCUGUGCACCCGGAGCUUCAGUCGCUCCGAUCAUCUAUCGCUCCACAUGCGACGACAUUGAGUGCCACCAGAGGCCAUAGGAAAAUAUACUCACACACAUUUCUCAACACAUUCCAGUACACAGGAGACAAAGGGAACGUCGUUUCCUUAUUAUUUAUAAAACACUCUGUUUCAUACAUCCAUUAUAUCGCUGUUGUAUCGUUCAGUUUUUAUGACCUAAUGCAUAAGUAGCUCAAUUUAGCACUAUAAUGGGCUUAAAGUCCAGACUAGAUAUAGUGAACUUUAGCUGAUAAUCGAAACGAAAAGAGUUUGUAAAAAUCUUUUCGAAUCUUCACAGACGUUGCCUUCAAGAAGCCAAGUUAACAAGCGGUACUACGAGUAUAAAAAAUCACAAAUUACUACAUCUACAUCAAUAAAAAAAAAUAUAAAUUGAUUUCGAUAUGGAUUGUAUAACUACCAUAUAAGUAGAAGCAUAGCAUAUUUAUUUGUAUUGGUGCUAGCAACUUGUGUGUACAUACUAAACUAGAUACGUUUUACAUAUCGAUCGAUUAGCCAGUAAUGCGAUUUAACUAAUUUUAGCUCAAAUUUUUAUACUAUAUAUAUUGGAUGUUAAGUAGAAAAUUGUAUACAACUAAAACGAACAAAAGAAAAAACAGAAAACAAAUUGAAAGACAGGCACAAGAGGCAGCUGCAGCCAAGCAAUAUUUAUAAAUGACAAUAAUCUAUACUACUAUAAACUAUAUUAAAUGCUCAUAGAAUUACUUAAAACUAUCGAAUACAUUUGUACCAUAUGCAGAUGGCAGUUGCUGUUCAACAGUUGAAAAUUUCUUCACAUUCAAUUCACUUCCUUUAAGAACCAGAACAUUUGAUUACUCCUCCUUUCUAAUUUGAAAAUUGCAAAAACAAUUCAUGUUUAAGUAUUGACUUUAAUCGGUGUUUUUUUGCCAAGUUAACAGCUUUAGUGUCUCUCUUGAUCAUCAUACUUGAAGAUCUUCGUAUUUAUUGCACUCUGGUGAGUUUUUAAUAUAAUUCUAAAGUAUUUUAACGAUUGUUGUGUAUCUCUCUCGAUCUUAAUUGAUUUUUACUGUAAUCCCAGAUCAGAGAAUCGAUAAAUUGAAACUGCAGCACUGAAAGAUCCGCAACUGCCACGUAGAUUUAAAGAAUCCACAGACAGAGAUAGACAAUUUAAAUGCAAGCAUCAAGAGUAAAAAAAAACAGAUAAAGAGAACAAAACAAAGUGUAUUACUAUACUAUAUAUACAACAUACCAUGCGAUGCAUACGUCUAUUUUUUGCUGAAAAUAAAAAUAAAAAUCAAC